GCUUACCAAACUUGUUUCGCAGCUUUUCUUUCCACUUCUUUUGUUUGCCUACAAGAGCAAGGUCGCGUUCUCGACACAGCAUCCAACCUCUCUCCAUCCCACUGCCAUCAGAAGUCAUCAUGGCUCACAUCAUCGACUUCUCAGGAUUGUUCGCCAAGUUCGAAGCCACAACGGCGGCUGUAGACGCCCUCACCAAAGCCGUUCAAGCCAAGGAUGCCCAAGUGGACGCUCUUACCAAGGCUCUCCAAGCGAAGAGCGCCAAAGGCGGACUGAGUGACAUGCGCGAACAGAUUCUUGCAAACGCCGAGAUUCUCUGGCCGAUGGUACAAACCGAGUCGUCUGAGAAACCGACGCUUCCACCGCGCUCGAAUGCGAUACCAUCUGGCCACGACGACGAGUUCAAGGCACAGGUCGUCUAUUCCUUCAAGCAAGGCGGUACAGAGUUCGUGUUCAUCAAGGGCGAUUUUGCACACACUGCAGAAGAGGCUAUGAGCUAUUUGUUGGAAGCUUCGAUGUCGAUGAUGGAAAAUUGGCUUCCCUCGAUCUACAUUGAAAGGGACGGCCGGGGUAGAGCAUUCAAGAGCAAUGCUACCGUAGGAGGGGACUGGUUUGGUGCAGUGCGUUGAUAGUGCACGACAAGCCUCAGAAACGGAUGAACGAUCGUCGGCACGACAAGGCGUACAGAUAGCAAGCAGGAAGCAAGCGAGAAGCAAACUAGU